CUCAGCCUCUCUCUAACCCUGUUUCUGCAUUUCUUUACCUCUCUCCCCAUCUCUCUCACAAACCUGGUCAUCUCUCAUGUCUCUUCCUCUUUUCCUUCGUCUUCUCUUUCUCCUCCCGCUCCUCAUGUCUCUCUUUUAAUCUACGUGUGUAUCCAGAAGACUCCUCCUCCCUCAGUCCCAGCCUGGCUUCUUUCUCUGCUGCUGUCUUAGACUGAAGCCUGUCCUGAACUCGUCUGAGAUCCACUCAUCAGAGAUCACUCUACGACCAGGGUGUAUCUGCCAGGCCACACAGACACACAAAAAAACAACAGGAUGCCUUUGGGAGGAGGAAAUAAGUGCGGCUGCUGCCAGAAGACGGUGUACUUUGCUGAGGAAGUGCAGUGUGAAGGGAAAUUUUUCCACAAGUGCUGCUUUCUGUGCAUGGCAUGUAAGAAGAACCUGGACAGCACAACAGUGACCUGUCAUGUGGAUGAGAUCUACUGCAAAUCCUGCUACGGCAAGAAGUAUGGGCCAAAAGGCUAUGGCUUUGGCGGAGGAGCAGGCACCCUGAGCAUGGACACGGGGGCACAUCUUGGAAUCAGACCUGAAGAGCCAGCAGCCCACUGUCCCACCAACAACCCCAACGCCUCCAAGUUGGCCACCAAGUUUGGCAGUUCAGACGUGUGCCCGCGCUGUGCCAAGGCUGUGUACUCUGCCGAGAAGGUGCUCGGAGGUGGAAAUUCCUGGCACAAGAGCUGCUUCCGCUGUGCCAAAUGCGGCAAGGGGCUGGAGUCAACCACUGUGGCCGACAAAGAUGGAGAAAUCUACUGCAAAGCAUGUUAUGCCAAAUCCUUUGGUCCGAAGGGCUUUGGGUUCGGCCAGGGGGCAGGGGCUCUGGCACAUGCUCAGUAGAGCUAUGACCUCCUCUUAUAGACACCUAGACAUUUGGACUGCAAAUCCCAGGAUUCCCAAAUCAACCUCUAUUUAAUACUGCCAUUUCACUACUGCUUCAGUCACAGAGGCUCAACAGCAACACACAGUGCACAGCUUACCCAAAUGCUUAUCUUGCCAGAAGAGUAAGUUGCUGAUGUUUUCUAUCUAAGCUCUGGUAUUGAUGAGGUUAAUACCCUGCAUGGGAAAUGUUUCCUAACCACUAUGAGAAAGAAAAAAAUGACUUAUUAGCGUGUUAAUUUUGACCUAAUAAACUACAUUCACAAGAGCGUUCCUUUUAGAAUGUACACAAAGUGAGUCAGUGAUAUGUACAGUCAGAUGGACACACCCUGGUUUUGUAGAGUUGUUUGGCUGUUGGCGAGUUUAGUUAACAGAGCAAAUUAUCCGCGGCAGAAUGAAAGAACAAAGUCAUCAUGUACAAUUAUUGUCCAAGGCUAUAAAUUCUGGAGAAAACUGGCACUGAUAUUAUCCUAUGAUAUUUACAACACAGUGGAUGUGCUGUAUCAAAAACUGUGCACAUUUAAACACCAAAUAAAAAACUAAUAGAA